CACAGGGCAACGUAAAUAUUAACGACUUCUGUUCAUAAAUCCAAGCGUAGAACAACUCCCCUCUCUCUAUCUCUCAUAUAGACAAUUUAUAAUGUUCCGUCCCACCGUCCUCUUCAAUGCUGCCUCGCGCGUUGCUGCCGUUCGCGCACCCGUCUCUCGCUUUGCCGCUCCCGCUGCCUUCACUCGUCUGUACUCGGCUGGUGCUGGUACUGCCAACAUUGAGUCGCGUGUUUUGGACAUUUUGAGAGGUUUCGAUAAGGUUGACCAGAGCAAGGUCUCAUUGGACGCCCACUUUGUCAACGAUCUUGGUUUGGACAGCCUGGAUACCGUCGAAGUCGUCAUGGCCGUUGAGGAGGAAUUCUCGGUCGAGAUCACAGACAAGGAUGCCGACGAGAUCAAGACUGCCAAGCAGGCUAUUGAAUAUAUCAGCAAGCGUGCUGAUGCCCACUAAAAGCCCAAGUUAUAUUCGCAUGUCCUUUUUCUCUUUCCCUUACUGCACCCACUCUCCAUAUACACACACCAAAACACAUGCUCGUAUAUAUACACAAGCUUGUUUUCUAAUACAACAAAAGAAAGAAAAACCAUGUCUGGGCUAUUAUGUUUUUUUGACAACAAUCUACAUAGAGU